AUGAACACCUUGUCGUUUGAGGGGCAGCUCAGAUGCUGCAUCUGUCUGGACACCUACACCGACCCCGUCUCCAUCCCCUGUGGACACAACUUCUGCCUGGACUGCAUCGAAGGAUUCUGGGACACGAAGGAGCAGUCGCAGUGUCCGCUGUGCAAAGAGACAUUCAGCAGACGUCCUGAGCUCCGCAUCAACCGAGAAUUUGCAGUUGUUGUUGAAAUAUAUAAAAGGUCUGCCUCCUUGUCCGUGACACCAACUCCAGAGGAUGACGGCAAAUAUUUUGGCGUAGAGGAAGUUCCCUGUGACGUCUGCCACGGAGACAAGGCAACGUCAGUGAAGUCGUGCCUCGUGUGCCAGGCAUCUUACUGCGAACUUCACCUCACAUCACACCAGAGGGACGCAGCACUGCAGAGGCACCGUCUGACAGAUCCCGCCACUUUCUCAGCCAGCCACCUCUGCAGGAAGCACAACAAGCCGCUCACCAAAUUCUGCAGGAAGGACCAGAUGCCUGUCUGUGAAGAAUGCGAGGAGAGAGACCACAAACGCCACAAUGUUGUCAUCAUGGAGAAGGCAAGCAAAAGGUUCAAGGCUCAGCUGAGGGGAACGAAAACUGACAUUCAGCAGAUGAUCCAGGCAAGACUGAGAAAAAUGGAGCAAAUUAAAAACUCAGUGGAUCUCGGCUAUAAAAUCAAAGAGAGAGAGAUACUCCGCAGCGCAAAGGCCUGCUCAAUGCUCAUCGCCGCUGUUGAAAGACAACAGGCCAGUUUGAUGGAGGAGCUGGCGGAGAGGCAGCAGGAGGCCGAGAGAAGAGCGGAGGAGCUGCUGGGCGAGCUGGACCAGGAAAUCACAGAGCUGCAGACAAGGAGCAGAGAGCUGCAGCACCUAGAGCACACUAAGAACCCUCUGCACAUCCUGCAGAGUUUUCCAUCUUUAAGCAGACUCCCUGCUACUCGAGAGUGGUCUGAGGUCACUGUGCACGCAGAUAACUACAUGGAAACAGUCAGCAGAGCCGUCUAUAAGCUAGUGGACGUCUGCCAGGAACUUGCAAACAAAGUUUCUGCAGAAGAAUCUGACAAGAUGCAUCAGUAUGCAGUUGACGUCACUCUGGAUCCUGAGACGGCUUCAGGCUGGCUGACCUUAUCUGCAGAUAAAAAGAAGGUGAGCAGUCAGAAGAAGAAGGACCCAGUCACUGAUAAUCCUCGGAGGUUUGACGCCUGCGUCUGCGUGUUGGGGAAACAAAGCUUCAGAUCUGGGAGAUGCUACUGGGAAGUUCAGGUUGGUGAUAAAACCGACUGGGAUCUCGGCGUGGCGAGGCAGUCCAUCAACAGGAAGGGUGCCAUCACGGUGUGUCCCAACAGCGGUUACUGGGCGAUCUGUCGAAGGAAAGGCGGCAGUCUCAGCGCCUGCGCCGGCCCCUCCGUCCCCCUCCAUCUCCAGGAAACCCCUAACAAAGUUGGCAUAUUCCUGGACUACGAGGCGGGGUCUGUGUCCUUCUACGAUGCCGAAACAAAGACUCACAUCCACACCUACAGCGGAUGUUCCUUCUCUGAGCCUCUAUACCCGUAUCUUAACCCCUGUGUUCAAAUCAAUGGCAAAAACAGCACCCCCCUGAUAAUCUGCCCUCUUACAGACGUGGUUAGAGAGGAUCAGGACAUCCCCAUAGAGUCAGAUGUUUAAAUGACAUGAAGGAAGAUUUUCUUUGUCUUUUUUAAGAUUAAGAUCAUUUUUAACCUAUUUUGGUUUGAGUACAUUUAUUUUACUGUAGUAGUAUUUAAUCAACGCUGGCCUGCAGCAGGCUGAAACAUGAAGAUAUUUGUUUGUAUGUUACAGCCAAAAUCUGAAAACAGUGAUUGUUUGUUUUAAUAGAAGGGAUUUUUAUGAAGUGGUAGCAAACUUCUGCUUAUGUUUAUCAAAUGCUUUGGUGUUGAGGAAGGAACUGUGACAUUUGAAUAAUGAAG